UUUUUGUUCUAUGAUUUCGAUCAUUCGAAUUGGGAGGAAAGAGAAGACGGGAGGAUCCCGACAUAUUUGAUCGACGCCGAUAGCGACUGAUUGAUCCAGUGACCCUUCCGUCAACCGAUGAAGGCUUCCAUCAAGCUCCGGGAGGAUCGGCCGCCCUUGGUGCGCGCCAAGGUCCCCGUCCCCGUCGGCGUCCUCGGCCUACCCUUCAUCUCCGGCGUCACCGCCGCCGCCCGCGAGCUCCGCCUUGACCUCGCCACUGGCUUCCGCGCCGGCCCCUCCCUCCGCCUCUCCUACCGCCCUAACGACGCCCUCAACCCCUUCUCCCUUGUCAUCAAGACCGGCGUCGGCGCCCUCGGCUCCCCAUCCUCCGGUUCCCCACUCUCCAUGGCCGUCGAGUUGGGCCUCCUCGGUGGUUCCUGCCCCACCUUCUCCCUCCUCCUCAAGCCCCGGCUCGGAGAUUUCUCUUUCCGGAAGUCCGUCUCCGCUGUCGUAUCGGGCACCCCCCAUCCCGUGGCUGUCAAGGUCGCGCAAGUUAGCGACGGUCACGGGAUCGGGCAGCCGACCGUGGAGUUCCGCCCGGAUAACGCGAUCCACCUAGGGAGAAGGUUUAGUAACUUCCCCGUCGACGUCUCCGCCUUCACCGCGGGCAGCGGAGGCGGGAUCGAUGGGCUCCUCUCCGGGUUCGAGGUUAGCGCCAGGAGCGUCCUACCGCUUCGCAACCGCACGGCCGUCGAGUUCAAGUGGGGGCUGAGAGUUCCGCCGGAUCUCCGCACGGCAUUUGAUGAUCCAGCGGCCGGGAUCUCUCUGACCGAGCUGCCGUGCCUCGUGAUGAGUAAAAUCUCCAUCGAACGGUUGCCAUACGACAGAAAGGCGAAGGAGAAGAGGCCUGCUGGAAGCGCUGACGCGACAGAUUCGUGUGCGUCAGUGAGGCGCGAGGUGGAAGCGCUGCAGGCUCAGAGCGCCCUGCUUAGGAGCUCCGUUGAGGGGCUCCGGGCAGACAUCGGCGGCUGGAAGCUUGCUCCGGUAUUUUCACCGGUGGCGUGGAAGAGGGAACAAAGGAGUAACGGGAAGUUGUUUGAGGGCAGGACUGAAUAGCCAAUGCAGCCUCAUCUCCAUGAACAUGGCAAUCUGAGGAAGGCGCUGAAGGUUUGCUUCUUAUCUUUGUAAGUUGGUGAUGAAGCUACAGAAAACAAAUGUCUGAUAGCUAAUAUGAUCUGAUUGCUUUGACAUACUCGUGGUAGAAGCUUCUGUCAUGGAAUGUUUCUGAGAACAAGAUCCAAGAACAUGGCAAUCCAAGGAUGGCGCUGAAGGUUUGCUACUUAUAUUUAUAUUUUGGUGAUGAAGCUACAAAAUAUAUCUGAUAGAUAAUAUGGUAUGAUUGCUUUGGCAUAAUUGUGGUGGAAACUUGGAAUGCUUUAGCAUUUUGAUCCAUGUUUAUUUUCAAUGAAUCUUGUUCUGUUUGCAAAUAGCUGCAUCACUUUGGUAUAUUUGGGCGAUAUGUAUGAUGCAUCAAAAAUGAGAAUUUGCUUGAUGCAGGCAACCUAUUCAUUCAAAUAUCUGUCUUGUAAUGUUAGGAUGUUGAACGCUGCUCAUACCUGUCUAUGAUUCUUCUACUUGCAUAUGAUGCUAUGCGUAACGACAGUCUUUGAUGUGAACAUAAGACGCCCUAAAGAUUCCCGAUGCGGAGACGAGGGGGCCCUUUCGGGUCCCAAUGUCU